UUUUUCCUUUUUCCUUUUUUCUUUUUUCUUUUUUCUUUUUUCUUUUUUCUUUUUCAUUUUUCAAUUUUAUUUUAUUCCAAGCAGCUUCCUUUUAUAGUGAGUACUAAAAACUCCAGCAAGCUCAAAUAGCUCCAUUAAGCAAUCCUCAUUUCAGGAUGAUGUGUUAUUCAAUGUGGUUUCAGUUUGUAGUUUGUGUUCUAAUGUUGUUGGGAGUCAAUGGUUUUCAAGUUCCAAUAACCUUUGUUCAAGAUGCUGUUGCUAAAGGAGGUGUCUGCUUGGAUGGGAGUCCACCAGCUUACCAUUUUGACAAGGGAUCUGGUGCUGGUGUUAAUAACUGGUUGAUUCAUAUGGAGGGAGGAGCAUGGUGCAACAAUGCAACAACUUGCUUUGCGCGUACUAAAACCCGUUUGGGCUCAUCUAAGCUAAUGACAACACAAUACACUUUCUCAGGAAUACUCAGCAAUCAGGCUAAGUACAGUCCUGACUUCUACAAUUGGAAUCGAAUUAAAGUUAGAUACUGUGAUGGAUCAUCUUACACUGGAGAUGUUGAAGCUGUUGAUCCAAAAGCUAAAGUAUACUACAGAGGAGCUAGACUUUUGAAGGCAAUUGUGGAUGAUUUGUUAGCUAAAGGAAUGAAGAACGCGAAAAAUGCAAUUUUUGGGGGGUGUUCAGCUGGUGGGCUGGGUGCUAUACUGCAAUGUGAUAACUUCCGAGCUUGGCUACCUUCUGAUGCCAACGUGAAAUGUUUCUCUGAUGCCGGUUUCUUCAUUAACGCCAAAGAUGUUUCUGGAGCAUCACAUACCCAAGAAGUAUUUGCUGAUGUUGUUACUACACAUGGAUCUGCUAAAAACUUGCCUCCAUCCUGCACCUCAAAAUUCGAUCCUAAACUCUGUUUCUUCCCUGAGUAUGCUGCAAGGGGAAUCCAAACACCGUUGUUUCUACUGAAUGCAGCCUAUGACGCAUGGCAGAUAAAGAAUACUUUGGCACCGGGUGUUGCUGAUCGUCAUGGAACAUGGCGCGACUGCAAGGCUGAUAUACUCAAGUGUUCUUCAACUCAGCUCCAAACAAUGCAUGGCUUUAGGCAAGACUUCCUAGCAGCGUUAUCAUCCCUCGGGAACUCGGCCUCUAGAGGGUGGUACAUCAACUCUUGCUACAGCCAUUGUCAAUCAGGAACCCAGGAGACAUGGUUAAGGAAUGAUUCUCCCCUGCUAGACGACACGACUAUUUCAAAGGCAGUGGGAGACUGGUUCUAUGACCGGAAACCAUUUCAGAAGAUCGAUUGUCAAUACCCUUGUGACAAAACUUGUCACAACCGUGUGUUCGAAUAAUAUACCAAGUACAAAUACAAUUUUCUCUUCUUUUGGAUUCAACUCCAUGGAUCAAGAAGCUAUUCAAAACACUGACAUAUUUCAUCAAAAGUCUUGUAUGAAUAAACAUGUCCAUUUUUAUGUAUCAUUGUAUCAAGUCAACCAAAUGUAUUCUGAUCCCAUUAUUUGGGUUUCAGUUAGGUUUAGGCAACUUAAUUAAGUUAAUAAUAAAUGAAUCUGUCUUGUAAUAGUAUAUUUAAGCUAUCAUUCAUAUACUUAUAGUAUACAUUUGGUCCUUUGGAUUACAUGAAAAA